AUGGCAGGAGCCUGGAGGGCACUCGUGCUGGUGGUAGGCUUGGCAGCAGUGGCCUGUGUGGCCCAACGCCGUCGGAGCUAUGAGGAGAUUGUCACCCAAGCUUUGCAGUUCUUCAACUAUGGGCGACAAGGACAGCCCCUCUUUGGCUUGCUGGAAGCCAUCCCAGUGCCUAGAUCGAACUCCACCACCAGGACCAGGACGCUGCUCAGAUUCAGGAUCAAGGAGACCGUGUGCCUUUCAGGACAGCGGAGGCAGCCCCAGGAAUGCGCCUUCAGGGACGGGGGGGAGGAGCGGAACUGCACCGGCGCCCUCUUCACGCUGCUGCGCACCCGCAUCCUGACGGUGGACUGCAGCCAGGACCCCGAGCGCCAGCAAGAGGUCUUACGGGAGAAGCGGUCGGCUGAGUCCCCUGAGGCACCCGCUUCGGACACUGACAUCUCCAAGCUGCCACCCGUGGCCAGGGACAUGUACGAGAAAGCCAAGUACGACAUCAUCAACAACAUCCUGAGGAAUUUCUAGGGCUGGAGAAGGAAGGGGAGGCCCAGUAUCCUGACCACAGCCUCCUCUUCCCACCCGCCCGCUCCCUCUGCUGCCCUGAGCACCCCCUUUCCUGCAUAGCCUGAGCCCAGCCACAUUCCUCGGCUUCUGCACACCCGCUUCCCUCUGGCUGGAAGUCCUGCCCAGCCUGUGCCUGUAAAUCCUACUCAUCACCCUUCAAGGCACAGCUCCAAGGUCACCUCCUCCAGGAAGCCUCCUUGAUCUCCCCCAGGCAGCAGUAUCCUUCCCUCAUCAGAGCAUUCAGGAUCCUCAAACCAUGCUGGCAUUACCUGCUGUGCCCCCCGCCAGACAGCGCUGUAUGUGCUCCCAGCUGUGCCCUCCAGAGCCAGCUGCAGGUGGCCAUGGAACGAGUUUCUCAAUGAGGGGCUCCUGGGAGGGCAGUUCCUUUUGUACAGGACCCUGAGCGCCCCUGCUCCUUGCCCAGUCUCUGUGACAAUAAAUGUUCCUUCACUUAUGCAGGCAUUUCUAAGGGGGUCAGCCCAUCCUCUGGUGAGAGCCACAGGAGAGAGGCUCAGUAAAACAUUUCUGAAAUAAA